AUGACUGUGCCAACAAAGACUCAAUAUUCUAUUCUUGUCAUCAACCCCAACACUUCAACGCACAUGACUAAUGCUUUGAUACCCAUACUGGAUAAUCUCGGGCAUGGUGGCAUACAAUUCGACUACUUCACAGCUCCAGCAUCCGAAUCAGUCACGCUUCCCGAUGGAAGAGUGGUAGAAGGAGUGCCCAGUAUCGACUCUGGUGAAGACUCUGUCAAGUCGGCUUUUUAUUGCAUGCCCUUCAUAGAGCAACUGGUGUCCGAGUACGAUGGCUUCAUUGUGGCCUGCUUCUCAGCUCAUCCCCUCGUUGGUAUGCUCAAAGAAAAAGUCAGAUCCAUCGAAGAUGCAGAGUCAUCGGGAGUUCCCUCGGAACUCAAGGUCAAGAAAAAGUACGUGACGGGUAUUUUUGAAGCGGCAGUUCUCGCUGCCCUCGAUCUCGGCAAGGCCCAAUCUCGAGAUACGUUUGGCAUAAUCUCGACCGGUAAAGUCUGGGAAGCUGAACUCAGCAAAGCGGUCGCCGAUAUGCUCGGCAACUCGGGAGAUUCCACAUCCACCGGUCGGUUUGCCGGGGUGGAAACAACUGGACUGACUGCCGUCGAACUACAUACUACCCCUCCUCGCGAAGUGAGAAGGAGACUUGUUGAAGCGACAGAACGGCUAUUGAAGAAAGCAACCCAUCCUGUUGGUGCGAUAUGCAUGGGCUGUGCCGGUAUGGUGGGCAUGGAAGACGCAAUAAGAGAGGGAUGUGUCAGAGCAUACGGACGACGGAAAGGCAGUCAAGUCAGAAUAGUCGACGGCGUUAUUGCUGGAGCAGGGAUGCUUGCGACGGCUUGCAAAGCCGGUUUCUAA